GCAAUCCAAGAUGGAAGGGUUCCUGUGUAAAAUAGGCCUUUUGUGCACCGCGCUCAUCGGCUUCAAGAUAUUUCGCGCCCUGUUUGAUCUUUUGUACGAUUCGCUGAUAGCCAAGGCGUUCAAACUGGAGAAGGUCGACUGGCGAGAUCUAGGUCGAUGGGCCGUUGUCACUGGAAGCACAGACGGUAUAGGGAAAGCCUACUCCGAAGCCUUAGCCAAGAAGGGUUUCAACGUGGUCCUGAUCAGUCGCACCCAGAGCAAACUAGACGCAGUAGCCCAAGAAAUCACAGAGAAGUACAAGGUGGAAGUCAAGACCAUCGCUGCGGAUUUCACAAAGGACACCAUCUAUGGGGCCAUAGAGAAACAACUGGAUAGUCUAGAGAUCGGAGUUUUGGUCAACAACGUAGGGAUGAGCUACGAUUACCCGGAGUACUUCCUGGAGAUCACCAACCACAGCGUUUUCAUCCAAAAUUUAAUCAAUUGUAACGUACUAUCCGUGAUGAAGAUGUGCAAGAUGGUCAUGCCAGGCAUGGUGCAACGGAAGAAGGGAGUCGUGAUCAACCUAGCCUCAACAGCGGCUCUAAUACCCAACCCCAUGUUAUCGGUGUACUCGUCAACGAAAGCCGCGGUUGCCAAGUUCAGCUCGGACCUCGCCAGCGAAUACCAGAAGGACGGUCUCAUAGUACAGUGCGUGUGUCCAGGUUACGUGGCCACCAACAUGAGCAAGAUCAAGAAGUCCACCUGGAUGGCGCCCACCCCUAAGACCUUCGUGGACAGCGCCUUGGCUACGGUGGGUCUGACCGACGUCACCACCGGGUAUCUCCCGCACACCCUGAUGAACUACGUGAUCUGCACGAUGGACUGCUGCUCCAAGAGGUUGUCCAGGUGGGUGAUCACCAAUUCGUUGAAGGACAUCAAGAGGAGGGCUCUGAAGAAGGCCGCGAAGUCCAGUUGAGUCACUAUGGUAGUUGUUUGAGUGUUCCCCUAUUUAUUUUUCGUUGAAUAAACGUGUUUUAUGUU